AGUAUUCGCAGACGUUUUGUAGGGCAACGCAGGUGUUUGUCUUUCCUUCUAGGCAUUCCGCCGUGUUCUUUUGACCAAUUCUACUUCGCCAUGCUUCGGCGCACCUCUCUUGCACAGCUGCGGGUGCUGUGCCUGACGAUGCUGCCGGACGGCGGCGCCCUCACGCGCGCUCUCCGGCAGCUCGGGUACACCCCCUACAGUCUCCGCUCCUCCUUCCAACAGGGCCACGCCAGCACGCACCCGAUCGAGUGGUCGAAGCUGCUCGACGGCACCACGCAGUCUGUCCCGCCGAAUCUGCUGGCGGACUACGACUGCGUGGUCGGCCCACCGGGUGCGAUGCUGUACACCACGCUGCUGCGCCAGGCACCGCAGUACACCAAGGUGAUUCUCGUCGAGGAGGUCGACAAGGACCGGUGGGCGGAGAAGUACGAGACCUACAUGCGCCGACUGCAGAACGCGACGAGGCGGGCGUCAAAUAACCGAAUUUCGAAGGCGUUUCAGAAUAUGCUGGCGAAGAUGGUGGUGGGCGGUGACCCCUCCUACGCCGCCUCUUCGUCCCUCUCGUCGGCCACAGCGGAAAAGAAAGGCGCGUCGAGAGUGGCUGCGUCCACUGAGGCGAGCCACUCGCACAUGACGGCCUCAUCGGGGGAUCUGCGGCGGACCUUUGCGGCAGAGGCCGCAGUCAUGCAGGGCACAUUGUCAUCCACUACCACAACAGAGUCUGACUCCAUCGCUUCUGCGAAAGGCAAGGAGAACACGGCGGAGAAAAGUAACGUCAAUGGCGGACUGCAGCACCCCCGUGCGGUAGCUCUGCAGCUGUACGAGGAGAGCGUGAAGAUGUCUGUCCCACCUGGCCAGCUGCUUGUGUACCGCUACGGAGACGGCUGGGAACCGCUCUGCAGCUUCCUGGAAAAGGCCGUCCCCGCCACCCCCUUUCCUGAAUACGAGGAUGGGCUGCGAGUGCUGGGCAACCUGCAGGAGCGUAUAGAGUUCGUCUACGCCCUGCAGUACGUUCUGGGCGGCAUCUGUGUCGUGUGUCUGCUCAUCACCGUCGUGCCUCGCUGCGCGGGUGUGACGCAGUUCUUCGCGGACCUUUACACGGAUUAUCAGGUCGCGUUUGGGGCGGACAGUGACGACGCGGUGUUGGAGAGAGAGACGAAGGCGGAGGCUGCGGCGGGUGGGCGCCAAAGCGAUGCGGAGAAGUUUGAGAAGGAGUGGAGGAAGCGGGGCGGCUCUGUGACUCGCACGAAGAGUGGGUAG